GUCGGUGCGCCGCCAGCCAGCCUUCGACGGCCGUCAACAUGUGGAGGCGCCUUGGAAGGGGCUGGCGAGCUGGCGUCGGUCGGCGUGCCGCCAUGCAGUUCCUGAGUCCGUUUGAUCCGGGGAUCCGGGUGCUGACCGCGCUGCUGCUGUCGCUGCUGCUCUGCCUGACAUCAGCAGCGGCCAACAGAUGUCACUCGGAGCGGUGCAGCCGCGAGUUCGAGCGCACGCGUCAGACGCUGGGUAUGGCCGAGAUGGAGUCGGCCUCGCCGGGCUACUGCCGGGCCCUACGCCGCUUCACGGUCUGCCUGCGCGCCACGGAGCGUGCCUGCCGGGGUGACCUCACCUACCACUCCAACCUGCGUAUCCUGGAGCGCAAGAUCCAGAGGCUCAACUGCCAGCGGGUGAUCGCCGAGGCGGGCGAGGCGCCGCCGGCGCCGCGGCCGCGGCCGCGACCACCGCCCACUCGCAGGCCGACGCUGCAAGAGUCGGUCUGCGCGUACCACGGCGACCCGGAGCCGGCGUUCUGCGGCCUGUUCGGCGACCCGCACGUGCGCACGUUCUCGGGCGAGUACCAGACGUGCCGCGUGCAGGGCGCCUGGCCGCUCAUCGACAACCCGUACCUGGCUGUGCAGGUCACCAACGAGCCGGCGGCCAGCGACCACCGCGCCACCGCGCCCAGCAAGCUGACCGUGAUUGUGAAGCGGAACGACCCGUGCACGGCGCAGCUGACGUAUGAGGCGCGGGGCGACCUGUUGCCGGCGGCGUUCGUGGACGGCGCGCUGUCGUCGGGCCGCCGCUCGGGCCACAGCGUCACCGUCUCGGCCGUGGUGCCCGGCCAGCACGUGCGCAUCACUCUGCGCCACAUCAACGCCACGCUGGUGAUCCGGCGCGUGGCCGGCCACCUGACGUUCGCGGCGCGGCUGCCGCGCGGCCUGACCGAGCAGUCGGCGGAGCGCGCGGGCCUCGAGCUGUGCUCGCGCGGCUGUCCAGCCGGCGAGCGCAUCGACUACCGACACGUGCUGAGCGCCGGCCGGCCGGUCAGCACCGUACACCGCGGCCGCGCCGCCGUGCUGACGCGUGACGUCAUCGCCGACAUGUGCCGCGAGUACCGCGUCACCGACUUCUACUUCGACGCGUGCGUGUUCGACGUGCUGUUUACGGGCAAGACGGCGUUCAUGGAAGCGGCGCGCGAGGCGCAGCAGGACCUGCGUCGCUUGAUGCCGCAGGCCGUUACCGAGCUGGCCAACCGAACGCGGCUGCAGCUGGUGGCGGCGCCUGACGCCGCGCCGCACGCCGUGCUCCCGCCGCUGAGGACGCUGCUGCUGCUGGCGCUGGCGCUGGUGCUGCGGUGA